UUGUGAGGACCGACCUGCACUGAACAUGUGGAGCUUCACCCGCUGCCUCCGUUCUGGGGCUUCGCUCUCGCCCCCCACAAUCUGGACUGUGGGCCUGGUACAGAGGGCGUUUGCACACGGGCCGGAAUCGGCGCUCAGUUUUUCUGAUGGGAAGGUGUUCAGGCUGAAGAGCGGGUGGGAGGUGGUGCGGGGUCUCCUCAUAUUCAGGAUGUGCUCCGUGCCCAGUCUGGUGAGGAACUCCGAGAAGCUGCUUUCCCUCUCCCACCGGCUUCUGGGCCGCAGACUCUUCGAAUGGGGCAUGAGGGCCUCGGUGUACGGCCAGUUUGUUGCCGGAGAGACUCUCCCGGAGAUACAGGACUGUAUGGAGCGGCUUGCCAGGCUGGGCAUUCGGCCCAUGUUAGCGGUGCCUAUUGAGGAGGACCUGGGUGAAAGCAAAAGCGGGGAGCGUUGGUACGAGCUGAAUGAGGAGAUAAUGCUGAAAUGCGUGGACCUCUCCUCGGCUGGAGGCGACCGCCCUAUGAUGCAGCUGAAAAUCACCGCCCUGAUGAGCGCUGAUCUGUGCAAGGUUCUGUCCGGUUGUUUGUCAGACCCGUCCCAGCGGUCUGCGCUCACUCCUCAGAGGAUGGUCUCCAUCAUGGAGGGGCGGGACUCAGAUCUCCCCUUCCUGUCAGAUCAGCAGAAUCGCCAUCUCCAAACCUCGGUGCGCAGACUCAGCCGCGUCGGGAAGCACGCCAAAGCGAAACGUGUAAGAGUCCUGGUGGACGCCGAAUACACAUACAUGAACCCUGCGCUCAGCCUGGUUACCAUGGCAAUGAUGGCCCAGUGCAACCAAGACGAGCCCUGGAUCUGGAACACCUAUCAGUGCUAUCUGAAGGAUUCCUACAAGUAUCUGACCCAGGACCUGGACAUAGCUGAGGGUCUGGGACUAUGUUUUGGGGUGAAGUUGGUCCGUGGGGCGUAUAUGGACAAGGAACGGAAACUGGCUAAAGAGAAGGGAUACAGUGACCCCAUACAGCCCGACUGGACCGCCACCAAUGCAAGUUACCAGCGUUCCCUGGACAAGCUGCUCGAUCUGAUUGGACAAGGCGGUCAGCGCUAUAACCUCAUCAUUGCCAGUCACAACGAAGAGUCUGUGCAUCACGCCGUGCAUAGGACGCCAUCACGUGACCUCUACAUGGCCGCCAUGCUGCUGAGCGGUGCCGGAGAUGCUCUGGGCUACAGGAACCAGCUUUGGGAAUACUGUAAAUCGGGGCCCCAGAUUCACCGGGAGCUGCAGGAGCUGGGGGGGCUCCAGAACAUCACGGCCUCUCUACCGGACUGGCCGGUCAGUGACGACACCGUGCUCCACCUGGCGACGGGCGAGAGUCUGGCAACCGGAAAGAUGAGAGAAGAGCUGUACCAGGACCUGUCCGCUAGAUACGUGACCGCCAUGACCGACAUGGAAGGAAGGAAGCCUGGACCCACCAGCAUUCUGGGAACCUCCCAGCUGCGCCCUGGGGAACCUGGCGGCUAUAGAAUCCCCUUUAACCCUUCAGCGACUGGAUGCGGAGCAGCGAUGAGAUCCAUGUGUAUAGGACUGAGGUUUCCCCGUCCGUCUGAGCUGUCUCUUCUGGUCGCUGUCAGUGUGGAGAGCGGGAAGAUGACGCAUAACCAUCCCACAGGGUAUCUGGGGUCUCUGGCCUCGGCUCUCUUCACAUCCCUAUCAGUGCGGAGGGUCCCCCUAGAACAGUGGGGCCUCCUCCUGCUGGAGACCCUCCCUCUGGCCCUGGAAUAUGUGCGUUCUACAGACACGGAGGUGGAGCGGCACGUGGAGGCGUGGGAUUAUUUCCGUCAGUCCUGGGAGAGAUACCUGUCGGAGAGGGGUCUUCUGCAGGGGGUUGGGCCAGCGGUGUUCCCGUCCCCUUAUGGCGCUGCGGAGAGGGAUGUGGAGUAUACGCAGUGGAGUCUGGAUGGCUGGCCUGGGAGAAGCGGUCAUGACGCACCAAUGAUCGCCUACGACGCUCUUCUGGGGGCCCAGGGCUCCUGGGAGGAGCUGUGCAGCAGGUCCAUGUUUCAUGGAGGUGACAGCGAUUCCACUGGGGUCAUUGCAGCCAGCUGCUGGGGGGCACGGUACGGACUAGAAGGGGUCCCGAAAGGAAACUACAGUCACCUGGAGUACAGGGAGCGGAUGGAGGCGGUGGCGCACUCCCUGCACAAGCUGGCCUGGGAAGAACACUGACAGCCGUACAUCUAAAGGACAUUUACUCUGAGAGGUCUAUGUGGUCCUGCUUAUAGUCCAAUGACUUCACCAUACUGUGCCUUCUUAGGAUAGAAAAAGAAAGAUUUCAUCCAAAAAUAGCAAUUUAUACAAUUUAAUAAAUAAAAUCAUACAAGGUGAACUCUUUUAUGGGGUGAUAUCACAAAAUUAUCAAUUAUAUAUUUCUGCUACUGAGGAAAGGGGUUAAGGAACCGCCGAAACUCAUCUAGCAUAGUCCGGUUUGUUUCACCAAAACACUAUAUAUAAUAUACCACACUGUCCUCUAGUUGAUACAGCCGUACAAGGUCAUCUCUUAUAGGGUGAUAUCGCAAAAUGAUGUAUUAAUAUAUUUCGGCUACUGAAGAAAAGGUUUAUGGAACCCCCGAAAUGCGUCU